AUGAAUGCGAUUUAUAUGGGCCUCACGCCGUUUGAUGCUGGCGAUCUGUUUGACGAAUUCUUUUCGGGAUCUGUAACACCUACUAGAGCCCCAGCUCUCCCUACGCCUGCCCCCGCUCUGCUAGACUCCCCGCGCGGCGGUGCGCCGCCUGCGCCUAGAAAGACAGCGGUCUGGACCGCUAUGACCCCGCCCCCUGGCGCUAUGACCCCGCCCUGGCACUAUGACCCCACCCCUGGCCUAGACGGCCUUGUACCUGAUCCAUGGAGGCUGUACGCCUCAUGGUCACCCUAG